UUUCAAUAUAUUACUUACGAUUAAUGCAACUUGAAAACAAAAUUUUUAUGUUGUUAAAGUGCAGUUCUUAAAGAAAUUUCAUAUGCAAGACAGUGCACAAAGCCUAUAAAAGAGCGCGAAGUAGAAAAGAAUGAGUAGCUCUCUAAUAAUUAAAAGGCUAUGGCCUCUGUACAAGCAAAGAAACUGGCCAUUAACGUUCCGGCAAAUUAAACGUGGUUAUGCCGCGUCUGCUUCGGCGGCGGAUAAAGUGGAACAUACCGCAUUGUAUGAUUUUCACGUACAGCAUGGCGGUAAAAUUGUUAAUUUCGGUGGCUACGCUCUACCAGUGCAAUAUGCCGAUCAGGGUAUAGCUGCUUCGCAUUUGCAUACACGCGCUCAUGCCUCAAUCUUCGAUGUCUCGCAUAUGUUGCAAACGUAUGUGCAUGGCAAGGAUGCUAUUGAGUGCAUCGAGUCUAUUUGCACGGCUGACAUACACAACACACCCAACGCUAACGGUUCGUUGACCGUGUUCACUAAUAGCGCCGGUUGCAUACUGGAUGACUUGAUAGUAACGCGAGUUAACGACAAACAAUUGUAUGUGGUUUCGAAUGCUGCCAUGAAACAGCAAGACAUGGCAUUAAUGGAAGCCGCUGUAGUUAAACGCAAAGCCGACGGCAAAGAUGUAAGCAUAGAGUUUCUAUCGCCGAAGGAUCAAUCACUGAUUGCUUUGCAAGGUCCCAGUUCGAUUAAGGCUCUCACAAACUUGACGAAAGCAAAUCUUCAACAACUGUAUUUCAUGACCACAGUUAUCGCAGAAGUAGCUGGCGUUAAUGAUUGUCGUAUUACGCGUUGCGGUUAUACCGGCGAAGAUGGUGUCGAGAUUUCAGUACCGUCGAGCAAAAUAAAGCAUGUAACCGAAGCUUUAUUGCAACAAACAAACGAAAAUGUAAAAAUGGCCGGUUUAGGCGCUCGCGACUCGUUACGUUUGGAAGCCGGUCUUUGUUUGUACGGCAACGACAUCGACAGCAAGACGACGCCUAUCGAGGGGGCCUUAGCUUGGCUCGUAGCGAAACGUCGUAGAGCUGAGUUAAAUUUCCCCGGGGCCGAGAUUAUCGUUAAUCAAUUGAAAUCGGGGGUUCAGAAACGACGCAUCGGUUUGAAAUUAAGCACCGCAGGAAAACCGCCACCAGCCCGCUCAGGCGCGCAUAUUUAUCACAAUAACGUUGAAGUAGGUUACGUGACCAGUGGUUGCCCUAGUCCCAGUUUAGGCUUUAAUAUUGCCAUGGGCUAUAUUAAAGAGGAACUUAAGCAGACGGGCACCAAAGUGCAAGUAAAAAUACGGGAUCGUUUUUACGACGCAGAAAUUGCUAAAAUGCCUUUCACUAAAACGAAUUAUUUUAUGAAACCGAAAUAAAAAAAAAAAACUAAAAAUGUCCAUUAU